AUGGCCAAGGCGGACGUCGCCGUCCACGUGCUGGCGGAGCUCGCGGACGCCGGGGCGCUGAUCCCGGAGGUGCUCGGCGUGCUGAGGCCGCCCGUGCUGCAGCACCUGCCGCUCGCCGAGCUUGUGCGCCUGGUAGCGAAGCUGGGCGCUCGAGGGGAGAGCACCGACGCCGGCCUGAAGGUGCCCAUCCAGAGCAGCGAGGGGCUGGUCCGCUUCGAGCUGUUCUACUGGAACUGGUCGGCCGCCGUCUUCGCCAGCUCCGUCGCCGCGGGGCUGUGCUUCGGCUCGGUGCCAUCCAACGGGGGGCACGGCGCCGGCAACUACCUGGACGACUGGCGCCAGAAGAGCGCCGAGCGGUACCUGACGGCGCUGGCGGCGGGCCUGAUCUUCAACGUCGCGAACUUGUGCCUCUGCAAGGGGAUAGCCAUGUUGGGCCUGUCGCUGGCGUUCCCGAUCACCAUAGGCACCGCCCUGGUGCUCGGGACCCUCGUGACCUACGCGGUGCAGCCGAGGGGCGAUUUCGGCCUGCUGCUGCUCGGGGUCGUGGUCGCCUUUGCCGCCGUCUGCAUGGCGUCCUGGGUGCAGCGCCUCAAGGCCGCCGCGGCGCCGGGCGGAGGGCCGUCGCUGCGCAGGAAGCUGGCGGUCUGCCUCACGGGCGGCGUGCUCAUGGGGCUGUGGAACCCGCUGGCCACCGUAGCGGAGGCGGAGCCAGGCGGCUUUCUGACGCUCUUCACCUUCGCCGUGCUCAUCUCCUCCAGCGUCCUCGUGCCGCUGCUGCUGGAGCGCCCUCUGGAGGGCGGCGCUGGCACGCCACUGGCGGUGGCGCUGCAGGAGUACCGCGGGCUCGGGUGCAGAGCGGUCGCUUACAGCGCUGCAGGGGGCACGGUGUGGUGCGUCGGGACGCUCGCGAACCUCGUCGCGGGGGACUCUGGGGUGCUGAGCUCCGCGGAGAGCUACGCGAUCGGCCAGUGCGCCAACAUGAUCGCGAUCUUCUGGGGCGCACUUUAUUCAAAGGGAGUUCCAGGGCACGGGCCCGACGGUGAAGGCGUUGCUGGUCCUCGUCUGCGGGAUGUACGCCAGCGCCAUCACAUGCGUGGCUCUGGCGGGGUCUUGAGCGCCGGCGGAGGGGGGGGGCAGCAGCAAGCGCCAGGCCUCCGCGCAGAGAGGGCAGGCUCCCGGCCCACGUGCUGGGAGGCCACCUCCGCCAAAAGGUUUGGUCGCCCGUAG